AUGCUUGCCAAAAACACCCUCAUCCUCAGCCUCGCCGCUGUCGCCUCCGCGCAGACAUUCACGGGCUUCACGGCCGGCGGCAUCUCUUGCGGCAACGGUGCCAGCGCCACCAAGGCAGAGGUCGACGCCGCCAUGGUGGGGCCCAAGGGCAGCCAGAGGGAACCGAGGGCGGACAACCUGGCUACCGCGCACUGCAACAAGGUGACGGCGCCCCUGUUCCAGGUCAACGUUGCAAGCAAAUUCGUCCUGCAGUACGCCUUUGACAAGGCGUCCAACACUUAUACCUUCUGCGGCGCCUCCACUGUUGGGACCGGGAAAAGAACCGGGUGCGACCCGAAGAAAUAA